ACGUAGCGCGGCGCUCGGAACUGACCUACUAACACACAUCUCUCGGCGCGGCCACGGCGCCCGCGGACCAGGCGCGCCCGCCCGCCUCCCGCGCCGCGCCCUCGCCGCCGCCCGCCUCCCGCCGCGGCCUCGGAGGCCCGGCCCGGCCCAAGCCCCGAGCGCUGCCGGCCCGGCUCCCGGCCGCCCCUUUCUUUCUCCUCGCCGGCCCGAGAGCAGGAACACGAUAACCAGGGAGACCCGACUUCAUUCAGUAAGGAACCUGACGGAUUUAUCCCAGGCAGUAGAACAAAAGGAAGAAUAUUGAUGGAUUUUAAACCACAGUUUUUAAACAGCUUGAGCAUACGGGGAAAUUAAUUUGUUCUCCCACACACAUAUAUAGGGUAAGGUUGUUUCUGAUGCAGCUGAGAAAAAUGCAGACCAUCAAGAAGGAGCAGGCAUCUCUUGAUGCCAGUAGCAAUGUGGACAAGAUGAUGGUCCUUAACUCUGCUUUAACUGAAGUGUCUGAAGACUCCACAACAGGUGAGGAGCUGCUUCUCAGUGAAGGAAGCGUCGGGAAAAACAAAUCUUCUGCGUGUCGGAGGAAACGGGAAUUCAUUCCCGAUGAAAAGAAAGAUGCUAUGUAUUGGGAAAAAAGGCGGAAAAAUAACGAAGCUGCCAAAAGAUCUCGUGAGAAGCGUCGACUGAAUGACCUGGUUUUAGAGAACAAACUAAUUGCACUGGGAGAAGAAAACGCCACUUUAAAAGCUGAGCUGCUUUCACUAAAAUUAAAGUUUGGUUUAAUUAGCUCCACAGCAUAUGCUCAAGAGAUUCAGAAACUCAGUAAUUCUACAGCUGUGUACUUUCAAGACUACCAGACUUCCAAAUCCAGUGUGAGCUCAUUUGUGGAUGAGCACGAACCCUCGAUGGUGGCAAGUAGUUGUAUUUCUGUCAUUAAACACUCUCCACAAAGCUCGCUGUCCGAUGUUUCAGAAGUAUCCUCGGUAGAACACACGCAGGAGAGCUCUGUGCAGGGAAGCUGCAGAAGUCCUGAAAACAAGUUCCAGAUUAUCAAGCAGGAGCCGAUUGAAUUAGAGAGCUACACAAGAGAGCCAAGAGAUGACCGAGGCUCUUACACAGCGUCCAUCUAUCAAAACUAUAUGGGGAAUUCUUUUUCUGGGUAUUCACACUCUCCCCCGCUACUGCAAGUCAACCGAUCCUCCAGCAACUCCCCGAGAACAUCGGAAACCGACGAUGGCGUGGUUGGAAAGUCAUCUGAUGGAGAAGAUGAGCAACAGGUCCCCAAGGGCCCCAUCCAUUCUCCAGUUGAACUUAAGCAUGUGCAUACAACGGUGGUUAAAGUUCCAGAAGUGAAUUCCUCUGCCUUGCCACACAAGCUACGGAUCAAAGCCAAAGCCAUGCAGAUCAAAGUAGAAGCCUUUGAUAAUGAAUUUGAGACCACGCAAAAACUUUCCUCACCUAUUGACAUGACAUCUAAAAGACAUUUCGAACUCGAAAAGCAUAGUGCCCCAAGUAUGGUACAUUCUUCUCUUACUCCUUUCUCAGUGCAAGUGACUAACAUUCAAGAUUGGUCUCUCAAAUCGGAGCACUGGCAUCAAAAAGAACUGAGUGGCAAAACUCAGAAUAGUUUCAAAACUGGAGUUGUUGAAAUGAAAGACAGUGGCUACAAAGUUUCUGACCCAGAGAAUUUGUAUUUGAAGCAGGGGAUAGCAAACUUAUCUGCAGAGGUUGUCUCACUUAAGAGACUUAUAGCCACACAACCAAUCUCUGCUUCAGACUCUGGGUAAAUUACUACUGAGUAAGAGCUGGGCAUUUAGAAAGAUGUCAUUUGCAAUAGAGCAGUCCGUUUUGUAUUAUGCUGAAUUUUCACUGGACCUGUGAUGUCAUUUCACUGUGAUGUGCACAUGUUGUCUGUUUGGUGUCUUUUUGUGCACAGAUGAUGAUGAAAUUAGAUUGUGUUAUCACUCUGCCUGUGUAUAGUCAAAUAGUCCAUGCAAAGGCUGUAUAUAUUGAACAUUAUUUUUGUUGUUCUAUUAUAAAGUGUGUAAGUUACCAGUUUCAAUAAAGGAUUGGUGACAAACACAGAA